CUGGGAAGUUGCUGUUGUUGAUGGCGAUUGCAAGGUUGGGGUUGGAAGAAUAUGAAGUUUUUGACGAUGUUCGACGUCUCUAAAGCUCUAGUGGUCCUUGCUGCAUCACGUGACAUGACUUCCUGCCGCAGCGUCCAAGGAAUCCGAGUCAACAACCCUCCCGAUCUUCUUGCAACGUCGCAGCGAAUUCCAGUCUGAAAACAUCCAGCUGUCUCGCACAUGUAAUGUCCAUCGAAGUCAACUGGGGGACUGCCACCUCUGGUCCAGACGGUGAGGCUCUGGCUGAGCGCAUCCGCUCCUUCAUCCACGACAAAUUCCAGCAGGUGCCUCUCCCACGCUUCAUCCGUUCUGUGCAGGUCCAUUCUUUUGAUUUCGGGACUAUCCCUCCUGAUCUAGAAAUCAAGGACUUUUGCGAGCCGUUCACAGAUUUUUACGAAGAAGAUGAUGGGGACGAAGAUACAGCAUCCGACAUCUCCGAGGGUCUGCCCUCCGGCCACGACAACCCAUGGCACAGAGCUCAUUCGGAACUCAACGAGCCUCCCUUUCGCGAUGAUGUACCGAUAAACCAUUCACUUCGGGACCCAUUUGGUACAGAUCAUUAUCACCCUUCCGCUCUACGCUCACCAAUCGCCCUUGGGGAUCACCUGAACCCGCAUUUCCUUCCCCGCGCGGGCACCCCGGGCAUCCCUGGCGGCACCUCGACAUUGGGUUACCACCUGAUGUCUCUCGGAGGGCUUUCGGGAUCUCAAACACCCCUUGCUGCAGUUGCAGGUGGAUCACCAUUUGCAAAUGGCUGGACAGAUUCUCCAAUGGGGCCGGGGGGCAGAGGCCAAGCCUCCGCUCCACCGAAUGCAGGAGGACACCAUCGGCUGGACGCUGACAUCGACUCAAGCAACCCGACCUCACGCCCCUCAACAGCAAGUACACAUCCUCCUGGAUCGAACAAAAACAGCGGUGAUGCAGACCACGGCUCUCACCCGGACGAGCACGAGCAUCUCGAUGACCCAGCUUCCUCUGAGCACGGCCUCCGAAUGCCUCCCCGCAUGCGAGAACGCCGACCCGAAGAUUUCCAAGUCCUUUGCCAAGUCAAGUACGCCGGAGACGUACGCCUCUCGCUGACAGCCGAGAUUCUUCUCGAUUACCCCAUGCCCAGUUUUGUAGGACUCCCCUUGAAACUAAACGUCACGGGAAUUACAUUCGACGGUGUAGCUGUAAUCGCAUACAUCCGCAAACGGGUCCACUUUUGCUUUUUGUCUCCCGAAGAUGCCGAUGCCUUGGUUGGUCCAGACCAGCAUGAAAAGAGCGGAGCGGGGGGUGCCGGCGACCACCACCAUCACCACUACCGAACGGGCACGGACCCUCCCACAUCCCCGAAACAAAAGGGCGGCCUAUUGCAAGAGAUCCGCGUCGAGAGUGAAAUCGGCCGCAAGGAAGAUGGUAAACAGGUCCUCAAGAAUGUUGGUAAAGUUGAGCGAUUCGUUCUUGCGCAGGUGCGCCGUAUCUUCGAGGAAGAGCUUGUCUAUCCGAGCUUUUAUACCUUCCUCAUCUAAACCUGCACAUAUACAAAUAUACACACACACACUCUCUCUCUCUCUCUCUCUCCGUGUGUUACCGCCCUGAGUGACUCUGCGUAUCAGUUGGCUACACAACCCAGUAUUUAGCAAGUAAUGCCACUCUAGGAACACAAGCAGUGGUGGAUUUUGCCGAUCUGUAAAUAAAGUUAUUACUAGCUGGAUUAGUUAGGCUAUAAUACGCUCUAUUAACUUGCAAAUCUUAAGCGGAAUCCGAGCUAGUUACAUACAU